AUGUCACAAUGUUUUGAGGAGGCUGUGUUGAGCGAUGACAGUGACUGUAAGAGGAUUAUGGGUUAUUGUAUCCUGGUGGCUCAUGGCCUAGGUCGACUUUGUUCGGCGGUGGGCCGUUGGGGAACCACAGUCCUCAGUGUCUCCAUGCUGCUGCUUCUCCUGCUCUUCUCCUGGAAGACCGUCCAGCAGAACCAUGUCUGGCUCUCCAGGGAGGCGCUCUUCCGCUCUGGUAUCCAGACUCUGCCACACAAUGCCAAAGUCCAUUACAACUACGCCAACUUCCUGAAAGACAGCGGCCGGCACCAGGAGGCCAUUCACCACUACACCACUGCUCUCAGGUUAUUCCCUCGCCAUGCCAGUGCCAUGAACAAUCUCGGCACUCUGACACGCGACCCAGAGGAGGCUGAGCGCUAUUACAGGAAGGCACUGGACACCAACCCCCAGCAUAAUCGAGCUCUCUUUAACCUGGGAAACCUCCUUAAGUCCCAGGGGAAGGAGAAAGAGGCUGAGACUCUGCUGAAGGACUCCAUACACUUCGGUCCACAUUUUGCUGAUGCUUACUCCAGUCUAGCAUCCCUCUAUGCUGAGCAGAAACGCUUUGCUGAAGCCAAUGAAGUGUACCUGAAAGGAAUAGAAAACUGUCCGGACAGCUCUGACCUGCAUAAUAACUACGGAGUGUUUCUGGUGGAUACGGGAGAGGGGGAGCUGGCAGCCGCUCACUACCAGCAAGCCGUUAGACUCAAACCAGCACACUACGUUGCCAUGGUAAACCUGGGCCGCCUGCUCCGAUCAUCCAAUGAGAACACAGAAGCUGAGUCUUGGUACAAGAGGGCGCUGCAGGUGACGAGGAAGGUGGAAAUCCUGACUCCGCUCGGAGCUCUGUAUUACAACACGGGCCGCUACGAGGAGGCCCUGCAGGUGUACAAAGAGGCCGCCGCCCUGCAGCCGGACAGCACCGACAUCUGGCUGGCUCUGGCUCAGGUUUUGGCCAUGGCCGGGCGUGCCAAAGAGGCAGAGAAGAUGACCAUGGACAUCAUAUCCAGAGAAAGCGGCUGUAUCGAAUGUUACCGCCUCCUGUCUGCCAUCUACAGCAAGCGUGGCAACUACACCGAGGCGCUGGAUGCUCUGGACAGGGCCCUGCAGCAGAGUCCCAGUGAUCUGACAGUGAGAGCAGAGCUGUACUUUUCCAAAGGAAAUCAGCUCAGGGAGAUGAACCAGCUGGACCAAGCUUUCGAGAGCUACAAGCUGGCUGUCGAACUCAAACCUGACCAGUCCCAGGCCUGGAUGAACAUGGGAGGGAUUCAGCACAUUAAGGGAGACUAUGCAGCAGCCAGGAUGUACUACCAGCGGGCCCUGCUUCUGAGCCCUGCCUCCAGACUUCUAAAAGAAAACUUGGCCAAGCUGGACCGGCUCGAGAGAAGACUGACAGGGGGAGCGUAGACCACCGCGGUUCUCCAGACAAUGUACUAUCCUGGGCAAAGAUAAGGGGAGCAGGGCACAGCCAAGCCCUCAGAAGCCCAAACACCAGCCACCAGGCAGCUGGAUAAAACACACCCGACCUGGUUACUAAGAGCAGCCUUAGUAAGAGCAGAGGACAAGGGUGAACUUGUCAGGUCUGCAGCAUGUUUGGAGGUGGACAGGGUGAUGAGUCAAAGAGAACGAGCCGCCUUUCCUCCGGCAGGCAGAAGGGAUUGAUUCAUCUUAAUCAAGGGAGUGAACAUCACAAAUUGACAUUUGUUGAAUUAUUCUUUAGGUCUAUGUGAAGGCAUUUCCUUUAUGGCACCUAAUCACAGAUUGUAAUUCAGCCCUCUGUGAGAAUUGUUCAUGUAUUUACAUUAGUGCAGUAGGAGUGUGUGGAAAAUGUUAUUAUUAUUAUUAUGAAGGAAAUGAGCAUGGGAACAGUAUGUGUAUCAAAAUAAUCUACGCUCAAAGUCUUAGUGGUCGGUCAGCAUUGACCAAGAAGGAGUCAAAGUCACUGACCAGGAGUCAGUUCAAGGCCACAGAAAAAUCAGAGGACAGUCACAUCCAACACCAAACC